UCAGUCCGCUUUCGGUGCUCAAGCGUUGCGUUUCGUUUGCCUCCAGCAGCAGCAGCAAGGCCUCUGUCCAAUCCCAUUACCCGAAUCCCAGACCAGUUUGUGUGGACAACGAUGACGUGCUGACGUCGCUCUCUCUCUUUCCCUCUCACUCUCUAUCUGGCUCUCCCUCUCCAACGCGCUCUCCUGGUGUGCCACAAAAAAAAAAUUAUAAACCUUUUAAAUAGUUUUCUUCGCGGAAAGUAGACAACCAACAACACCCGGAAAACCAGAGGCAGCGUUUUCUUGUUCAAGACAACAGUUAGCAAUAUUUAACCGCCGAAAGCUUUCAAGCUAAGCUUUCGCGCAACCGCCCAGAUGUUUUAGCGGUGGGUCCUUCAAUUCCGUCAGUUCCUUAUAGCCCCACCGGCAUGACAUAACACAGCCGACCCACUGAAAAUGACGCCCAUCGCAAGAGAUACGACUUAGCCGCCCUAUCACAUUUGCAAUAGCUAAAGAUAACUAACACGCAAAAUGGCCCACCAAGAGAGAAAAUCGAUGUGGUUCUUUGGCGGAUUGGCGAGCGUAGGUGCAGCCAUGGUGACCCAUCCACUCGACCUCAUCAAGGUCACGCUGCAGACGCAACAGGGUCACCUGUCGGUGGCCCAGUUGAUCCCUAAACUCGCCCGCGAACAGGGAGUACUCGUCUUCUACAACGGCCUCUCCGCCUCCGUGUUGCGCCAAUUGACAUACUCCACUGCGAGAUUCGGGGUGUACGAGGCCGGAAAGGAGUACGUCAAUACGGACACCUUUGGCGGCAAGGUGGCCCUGGCAGGCGCAUCCGGUCUCGUCGGAGGAAUCGUGGGAACUCCGGCUGACAUGGUCAACGUGCGCAUGCAAAACGACGUAAAACUGCCGCCGCAACAACGACGCAACUACAAUAAUGCCUUCGACGGACUGGUUAGGGUCUACCGCCAGGAGGGAUUCAAGCGACUCUUCUCUGGCGCCACUACAGCGACUGCCCGUGGCAUCCUAAUGACGAUUGGCCAAAUUGCAUUUUAUGACCAGACGAAGAUCUACCUGCUGGCCACGCCGUAUUUCCAAGACAACCUGGUCACGCACUUCACCGCCUCCCUGGUGGCCGGAACGAUAGCCACCACUCUCACCCAGCCGUUGGAUGUGCUGAAGACGCGCUCGAUGAACGCGAAGCCCGGAGAAUUCAAUGGCCUGUGGGACAUCGUGAAGCAUACGGCGAAGCUGGGUCCCCUCGGCUUCUUUAAGGGCUAUGUGCCGGCAUUUGUGCGUCUGGGUCCACACACGAUCAUCACCUUCGUGUUCCUGGAGCAACUGCGUCUCAAUUUUGGCACAUUGAACUAGCCGCGAUGCCAAUCGAUACUCUAACUAGGCAAUAAUUCUCCUUGGCUGGCUGGCAGAUUCCCUUGAGCAAUGCAACAUUCCAGCAGCAAUUCGUUCACCGUGUAGAACAUAACUUAGCUUUAGCCCGUUCCAGUUGUUAACCAAGAUGCUUUUAUGCUAGCAAAAUAUUUGUUGUUAAGCGUUUGAUGGCCGCUAUCCCGAAAUAUAUAAUUUUUGAUAAAAUACAGAAAUGUAUUCAUUUACCGUGAAUAUUAAUGCUUAAA